UGUGGUAUUAUAUGACAGCGGCACAUAUUUCUACUGAUAACCUUUCUGUAUACACACGUUAGAUAUGCCUUUAUGGAAACCCCGAUACCAGGGAAAGUGACUAACAACAAAACAUUUGUGUUGAUAAAGAAGUGAUUUUUUAACUUUAUUCCCAUUAUAUGAGCAGCGUCGACACGUUUGAGACAUUGUUGUGCAUGUUUACAUGCAUACACUUGGAGGACUGGUGACGUUAGUUAACAGAACAUUUGUAAGCUUGCAUUAUACAGGGACGGACCAGAACCCCUUGUAAGGAUCAUCACUUCCUACACACGAUGUAGCAUACAAAGAAAUGUCUUCCUAAUCAGCAUGUCCGGAUCGAAAAGUAAAAUUUAAGACUAUACAUUGUAAAAAUUUUAUCAUAACACACGGUUCUUAGCAAACACGACACUUGGUAAAUAGUAAAUUUAGUGACGUGACACCUUGUACACAAUGGGACUCCAGCUGUGGCAUUACGUCGUCAUCAUCCUGUCCUCGGAGAUUGUAGUGGUGGCCCUUGUCCUCAUAUUGGUGUGGCAGUACUGCAAAUGGUCUGUCAGAAAGGGACAUAAGGAGAGAGAUGGCGAGAAGCCUCCUUUGGUACCUCUGUCGGAUGAGGAUAUGCUUGACGAUCUCUUCUCAAACAAGGCUGUAGUGGAAUAUGGUCAGCCACCGUCAAAUCCUGGCUCGUUCAGUAUGAAUGACUUUCCCAAACCUAUACGUCGACCAUUAAUGGUAAAACACCUUCCCUCGGUCAGCGAGAACACUUCCGCCAUAGAGAUGAAUACCCUGCCUCCAGCAUACGCCAGUCGAGAAGUCUCUUACGUGUCACUUAACUCAAAAGAUCGGGCACCUUCGGCAGAUUACGCUACAGACGAGACAUCUGAUUGGCUGGAUACACAGAUUCCGGUUCGUGUGUCUGUGACUCCGGUAGACUCUGAUGACGAUAGGACAGUUCCUGUAGUGCGCCCUCAGAUGAGGAAGAGCUCACCUCUAACAGACGUGGAAACGUCCGCUGGAGCCGGUAAUGACAGACAAACGGACACCGAUAAUGUGGACAAAGUAAGUGGACGAGUGAGAUUCGAGACUCUAUGGCUGCCGGGCAAAAACCAGAAGAGGAACAAAGUAGCCGCCGAUAACUGACUGGCUACCAAUAGCAGAUUAUUGUUUACUUACGUAGCUGUGAUAUGUUUUGAUUUGAUGGUGUAAUUACUUGUACACUGAUUACACAUGUUUGAUACACUAUUAUUUAUUAUAGAAUCUGACGUUAAACUACAUGUAAUCCAUCAUCGCCAUUUUUUCAUUAUUUUUUUUUAUUUCCUUUUUUAACGGGUUGUCUUUAUAAUGAAUUAAACAUCAUACGAGGAAUCAUUAAAAUACAUGUAGGUUAAGCUUGUU